GCAAAACAGAAAGUCGAAGAGUUUCAAACCAAGCCAAAAUUUAAUUUACUUAAAAUUCGUAUUUAAUCGUGUUUUAGGAGAUAGAAGGACAUAAAAUAGUUAAAAAAGCAUUAUUAUUGAGCAAAGGAAGUGAGAAUUAGUGAGAACAGUUGAAAAAAUUCAUUAAUGAUAGAUGAGAAUGGGACGUGUAGCGAAGAAGGCACCUGAAACACCUAAAGCUGUUGAGGAUUCUCCAGCACAAACAGUCACGCAAACGAGAGCAAAAAGAACGCCAAAGCCAAAUCCAAAAUAUGCAAAUGAUUCCGUUGUUUUACCACCAAAAAUCGAGUCAUCAGAAUCGAAUGGAUCUACAGACAUUGAAGACAAACUGCCCGAGACAAAGAUUGUAAAAUCAACAAGAAAGACGAUACAUAAAAUUGAAGAGUCUAUAACUAAAGUGAAAGGAGUCACAAAAGGCAGGACAACAACUGUUGUUGUUAAGAAACAAAAAAUUGAGUUUGAUGACGAUGAAAAGACAAAAGAUGCUGACGAAGUGAUUCCAAUUGUGGAAUCACCAACACCACCAACAAUGCGUACAACAAGAUCCGGUAAAACGGAAGAUAAAAGUGAAAUUAAAGUUGGUGAAGAGUCAGUUGCUAUAAUUGAUGUAUCCAGCAUCAUUGCUAAGAAUGCACCAGCAAAGCAAGAGUCACCAAAAGGUAGAGCAGCUGGUCGUAAACGUCAAGCACAAGAAGUUGUUGAAAUUAAGGAUGAAUCACCGAAAAAGAAAAAGGAAGAUGAUAAGCCAUCAAUAAUUACAGCCAGGAAAUCAUACAUGCCAAUGAAAAAGGAAGAAAAUGAAGAGGACAUAAAGGAGGAUGAGGAAGAGCCAGAAAUUAUUGAAAGUAAAGAUAUUAUUACAGAAACAAAGAAAGAAAUUGAUGUAAAAACGCCAACAAGUACAAUGAAAACUCGUCGCAAUGCAACACCAUUAUCAGCGGAACCAGCUGAAAAGAAGACAAAAAUUGAGGACAUUAAAGCAGAAGUCAUAUUAAAGCCAUCAAUUGAGCCGAAAAAACUUCCAGUUAUGCGUAAGGAACAAAUAACAAAAGUCUCACCCGUAACUUUACCGACUUCAAAGACCAUCAAUAAUGCUGUUGACUCAGCAAUUGAACCAAAACCAGCACCGCGUCUUCUCAACUCAAUGAUUACACCGAAAAGUGCUAAAUUCUCACCAAAUGUUAAGCUCGCUGGCGAUGGAAGUAACAAAAAAGUCUUUUCAAUUGACAUGUCUGACGACUCAUUGAUUGAGAAAAAGGCUGCAUUAGCUAUUGCUUCAUCGCCCGUAAAAAAUCCGCCAUCAGCUGUAAAGGAAAAUAUUGCAAUUAUACCUAAAACACAGCCAUCAGUUUUGCUUAAAAAUAAGCUCGAAUCGGAAUUGAAUCGAAUGAAAGCAUCAGCUAAUCUAAUAAAGCGUCAAAUGCUCACAACACCAGCAUCACGUCAAGCUCAAGCUCAUCAAAAUACUUCUGGUGGAAUUACAAAUGUUACGUCUAGCGGUGCUCGUCGUAUAACUAAAUUCGAGUCAUGGUACGUGAUUGAUGUUAAGAAUAAUGAUCAAUUGAUGCCAUUUAAACAUCAUACAUCGACAUAUCCACUCGUGAGAAUUGCUAAUAAAUUAAAGGAAAUAGAAUUGCCAUCAGCAAAAUGGGACUAUAAAGUGACGCUACAAAGGAAGCAGAACAAUAAUAAUGACGACGAUGAGGAUGUUUAUACUGGCGAUGUGCAUGAUAAGGCAAUAGAAGCUGAGAAGCAUAAUUUUGAGCCCAAUUCAAUAUUAUUUAAGAGAAGUUCUCGAGAAAGUAACAAAAUUUUAGUCGAUCGAUCGCUUAUGCUUAAAAAUAAGAUUUAUACAGUAACGAUGAACGGUAAGCAAUGUCAUCUUGUUGGUGCACCCGACGACAUAAAAUCCCUUGAAGAUCUUGAGAUAUUAUUAAAAAUAGUUGAUAAUUGUAAUAUUGCACAUUCAUGCAUAGAGACAGCUUCCUAGAAAAACAAAACAAUUUAAUUAACCUUUUUUUUGAUUAUUUUUUUGAAAAUGCAUAUAUAUAAUUAUUAUUUUGCAGUAACAACAUAUAUUUUUAAAACAAUUCAAAUUAUUAUCAUCUCGAUCAUUUAGAAAAAACUUAAAUUUUUAAGUUUAAAAUUACCUUUUUUUCUUGCUUGACACAAAAACUUUUUUUCUUUUUCUUUUUAAAUUAUAUUCUCUUUCCUUUUUUGAGUCUAGUUGGAAUUUUAUUCAUAUUUAAUUAUUUCACAUCGUUAAGAAGUGAGAGAGAGAGAGAAAGAGAAAUUCUAUAAUGUAGAAUAUAUAUUAAUUAAGUUAUACAAUCUAAAAUUAUGCGAUGAAUCGGUUAGUUUUCUAAUUAUCUUGUCUUAUCUUUCCUUCUAUUUUGAUUCACAUUCAUCGCUGCUCUUUUUUCCAAUGAUCCUUAUUAAAAAAACUUUUAAAUGUAAAAAAU